GCUGUGCAAGAGAAGUUCUACUACAAUAAAUUGGAAAUAGCAAAAUGUCUCGGAAUAACGAUAUUCCGCUGCAAUUCACUCAUUACUCACCGUAAUCACGCCUUGAACAUAUUUUACUAUUAAACAAAAAUACUGAAACAUUCUGCCGCUUUCCAGCACAUCAACACUGUACCAGAAAACUAUACAACACAUACCUACCUCAAGACCACGCAAAACUCCAAGACAAAAUGCCAAUCCUCACUCCAGAAUCUUUCACCCUCCCAUCUUCGGCCUCCUCUCUCACAAUCCCUGCCAACUCGCCAGCCUUCUUCAUCGCCUAUCUCGCAUCCAAAGACCCAAAUACGCAAAAACCCUGGUGUCCCGACGUUGUAGCCAGUCUUCCAACUCUCGAAGCAACUUUCACGGGAUCGAAGAAGCCGACUGUGGCUUUUGUUGAAGUUGGGCAGAGGCCGGAAUGGAAAGUACAGACUAAUGUCUUCCGGACUGCGUGGAAUGUGCAUAAUGUUCCUACGUUGGUUAGGUAUGAGAAUGUGGGAGGUGAGGUUAAGGAGACGGGGAGGUUAGUGGAGGGGGAGAUUUUGGACGAUACGAAGCUUCAGAAGUUGAUUGAGGGUGCUGGUGCUGCGGCGUAAGAUCAAAAUGCUUUUGUUUACUCUGAAUGGCGGUCCGCGAUGGAGCUCGACAUUGUGUUUCCUGUGAAGACAUAUCUUGCCCCAACAGAGAUGGUGGAUAUCAGUUUGCCACAUCUGCUACAUCGAAAGACACGACUUGUGCAUCAGCAAUUCGCACCUUUCCCGACUUCAGUUACCCUUCUUUCCACCACUGUCAACACACACGACUGUCAUGGAGAUGAAUGAACAAAUGCCAU